CGUAGGAGGUAGUGACUGGAAAAUGUGUCCGUGUAUAUAUCUAUACAUAUAUGUACGUAGUCGCGCGAAAGCACGGCGCUGUCUUCGAUAAGAAUAAACGUUAGUAGAGGGAUUUCGGGUGAGCCUGUUCCCGGUCGGCUUAAGCUCGCGCAAGCUCAAGCUAAGAGGAGAAAUGAGCGCUUGCGCGUACCUACUACUACUCCUACUCGACCUAACCUUGAUUAGCGUCGACAGGAGGAGCGGCUAUGCGCCUCUCGGAAACGCAAAAAGUCGAUUCCCGUGGGUGGUCGCGACGCGUUUCGGCGUCGCGACGACGAGGAACGUCUAGUUGGCGAUCAUCGUAAGCGACGAGAGCUUCGUUCGACUUAUGAAAGGAAGUUGUGCUACUGCUAUUGUUACUACUAUCGUUACUACUCUUAUUCCUGCUAUCGCUGUUGCUGUUGCUGCUGUUAUCGUUGCCAUUGCUACUACUACCGUUACUGCUACUGUUACUGUUUCUCCUGUUGCUGAUGCUACUGAUGCUGCUAUGUCGUCGAAAGGACGCUCGAACGAGGCCUGAACAACGAGGAUGCGGUUUAGAUCCGUAAACUCGAUCAACCGGAUCCAGAUCCAAACUGAUCGACCGACCACCAACACCAACAAUCUCCUAACUUAUUGUCAUCGUCUUUAUCGUCAUUGUCGUCGUUACCGUUAUCAUCGUCGUAACGCCUAUCCUCCUUCGUCCUCUUCGUCGUCAUCGUCAUCUCACGACGUUCCUCGAACCAACUCGAUCCUAAAAUGCUGGCGGAAAUGGUCCGUAUCUCUUACCAACAUCGUGCAUUCUACUGCUACGUGAUUCUCAGCGUUUGGAUCUUCCUGCUGGUCGCAGGAAUGUACAAAUAUAUCGGAGUCGAUGAGAAGAGUUCGAUGCAAGCUAGAACAUUGAACGGUGAUUUGUUGAUAAAGGAAUACCCGCGUAAUUUGAAAUCGGAUAUUAAAACAAAGAAGAUAUUUCGAUUUUGUAAUUCUCCGAAUGACAUUAAAACAGAAGUCGAAGGAAAAAUUGAUGGAAGUUUGACAUUGGGCGGUAUAGUGAUGUUUAUUCGUCAUGGAGAUCGAGGACCCUUGGCUCACAUAAGAAAUAUAAGCGCAGUUAAUUGCGCCGGCGACUUUAGUACACUUCCGGAAUUAGAAAACGUUUAUUCGAAUUAUCUAGCUUUUCUACAAAACGUCUCGAGUUAUUCCAGAACGGCAUGGGCACAAUUUUUAGGACCAUUCCAUGGAUUCCCAAUGUUACCGAGUAAUUCCAAGGACUGUAAGAUCGGACAACUUACGACGCUCGGUAUUGGACAAUUGUUAAAAACCGGAAUCAUAUUGAGAAAUGCGUAUUACCAUAAGCUUAAUUUAGGAAACGGUACUAUAUCUAGCAAGGAUGUUGUCGUUUACAGUACCAGAUAUAGAAGAACGGUACAAAGUGCCGUUGCAUUGUUGUAUGCGCUAUUAGAAAAUGAUACCUUUCAAAAUCUUGCUAAGAUAACGUUACAGGAAAGUCAAAGUUACGCAUUUUGUAACGUCGAUUGUGUCUGUCCGGCUGCUGAACGAUUUUUUAAACAACACUUGAAGGAAAUGUCAGAUUAUUUGAAAUCUCAUCCUGCAGUGACCGAUCUGAUAAGACAGGCAUCUAGCGCGGUUUUCGAAAUUCCAGAACAAGCUCAAUCCGUUGAUCCAAAUACUUUAAGAGACGCUAUAUUAACGUACGUGUGUCACGGUGCCUCUCUACCAUGUGUAGAUUUUGAAACGCAACGAAUUUGCGUUAAAACCGAACACGUAACCGGUCUUUUCACGUAUACCGAAUGGGAAGCUAAACAACUUGCUAAGAGUAAUAGUAGAAAAAAAUAUGGUUUACUUAGAGCAUAUGGACUGCUACGUAGUAUAGUAACUUAUAUGCUUCGUAUUAUAUCUGAAGCCAAACCGAAAAUAGUUUUAUACUCUGGUCACGAUAAAACAUUAGAAUAUCUUGCCACAGCAUUAGGUAUAGUCUCCGAUAAAGUAACCAUACCGCAUUAUGCUUCCCGUUUUAUUAUCGAAGUAUAUAAGAUUAACUCUAAAAAUGAAGAUCACGUUGCCAGUGAUUUUUACUUUCGCGUAUUGAUUAACGGUAAAGAUUUUACGCAAAAGAUACCAUUUUGUAGAAAUGCCAAUUUUUAUAGCGCCACAUACGUCGAACACGAUGACACCAACAAAACAAAAAAAGAUUCGAAACUCUGUCCGAUCGAAACGAUUAUAAGACACUUGCACGAUGAUUAUUUUGUACCUUUCAAUGCAACUAAUUUUAAAGAUGCUUGCUCGGCCAGGAAACACGUAUAGUUUUAAUUAAAAAGUAAAUAUAUAAUCGAUGAAAGACCAUUAAUUGUUAAGUUUCAUCUAAUUAUAAUGUAAUUGAUUUACGUUAGGAUGUCGUUUUGUUUGUACGGAUAAUUCUUCACGU